CUUGUUGAUUAAAAGGUUUCAUUGGUUUAAACACUGUUACAUUAAUUUAUAAUAAUAUUAAAUUUUUAAUUGUAUCUAAAAAUUAUUCAAAAGGAACGAAUAUUAAUAAAUUAGCGUUUUAAUUAUUCAAAAGAAAAUGACAGUGUAUUUCAGUUUAUAAAUGUUGCAAGAUUCAAGGCAAUCAGUGUUACAUAACAUGCCUGGAUUAGUUAGUUAUUUAAGCUAGCUAUGAAAAAAAUAAAGAUAUCCUAAUCCUAUUUCGUCUUGAAUUUAUUUAUGAUUAAUGUCUCAUUAUGAGUUGCAAUCAAAUAUUUUUUCAUUGCUCAUUUUUCUCUAGAGGACUAGGAAAAAAAACCACAUUGUUCAAAAGAUUCUUUUCCUAUACAAAAUAUGUGUCAUCAGAAACUGCCAACAAAGCUGAACUUAAUCCUAAAGAGUUACCUUAUUUGACUGAUGAUCAUGGACGUGUUCAUACUUAUUUACGCAUAUCACUGACAGAGAAGUGUAAUCUCAGAUGCAAUUAUUGCAUGCCAGCAGAAGGAGUGAAAUUGACUAAAAAACCUGAAUUGCUAACAACAAAUGAAAUAUUGACUUUAUCGGAAUUGUUUGUAAAGCAAGGAGUUAAUAAAAUCAGACUCACUGGUGGGGAACCAACUGUACAUAAAGAUUUACUGCCUAUUGUGGAAUCUUUAAAGAAUAUAAAUGGUCUUGAGCAAGUUGCUAUUACUACAAAUGGCCUCACUUUAACUAAACAAUUGGUGAAUUUACAAAGAGCGGGUUUAGAUGUUUUAAAUAUCAGUUUAGACACUCUAAAAUCUGACAAAUACGAGAAGAUUACUAGAAGAAAAGGCUGGGCUAGAGUUAUCGCUGGUAUUGACUUGGCAAUUCAGCUUGGUUACAAUCCAGUAAAGAUAAAUGUAGUAGCAAUGAGAGGAUUUAAUGAUGAUGAAGUCCUAGAUUUUGUUGAGUUCACAAAAGAUAGAAGUGUUGAUGUCAGGUUCAUAGAAUAUAUGCCAUUUACUGGAAACAAGUGGGAAACAGAAAAAAUGAUUCCUUUUUCUGAAAUGAAAUCUAUCAUACUGGCUAAGUAUCCAGACUUCAGAGCAUUACCAAAUAAGCCUAAUGAUACUUCAAAGGCUUAUCAUAUACCUGGUUACAAAGGGCAGUUGGGGUUUAUUACAUCAAUGAGUGAACAUUUUUGUGGUUCAUGUAACAGAAUUCGUUUAAUGGCUGAUGGGAGUCUUAAAGUUUGUUUAUUUGGAAAUUCAGAAAUAUCAUUGAGAGAUGCCUUGAGGAAUGGUUGUAGUGAGGAAGAUCUUUUACUGAUGAUUGGAGCUGCAAUCAAAAGAAAGAAGAAACAACAUGCUGAUUUUAAAAUGCAUAAUGAAAAGAAUCAUGGUCCAAGAAGAAGGGGUUUUAAUAUUCUAAAUCGAUAUUUUCAAAUUAACUCACCAUUCAAUACUUAUUUGUUUCCAAGAAGUUUUAAUCUCACUCGUUUUUGUCAAAUGAGCACUUCAUCAAAACUAACUCAUGUCACUGCUGAGGGGAAGGUCUCAAUGGUCGAUGUUGGAGAAAAAGUCAAUUCUGAAAGAGUAGCUGUAGCUUCUGGAAAAGUUUUUGUUGGUCCUAAAGUAACACAACUGAUAAAAGAAAACAUGAUGAAAAAAGGAGAUGUUUUAACUACUGCACAACUUGCUGGAAUCAUUGGUGCUAAGAAAACUUCUGAUCUCAUUCCUCUUUGUCAUAACAUUUUUCUAUCUCAUUUAGAAGUAAAUUGUACUUUAAAUGAAGAAAACGAAACUGUUGUAAUUACAUGUUCUGCUAAAUCUACAGGUAAGACUGGUGUUGAAAUGGAAGCACUGACUGGUGUAAGUGUUGCUGCUCUCACUGUAUAUGAUAUGUGUAAAGCUGUUACUAAAGCCAUGGUUAUUAAGGACAUUAUUUUAGUUAAAAAAUCUGGUGGAUAUAGAGGUGAUUAUGAUAUUGACAAUAGUGGAUAAUUUUAUUGACAUCAUGUCAAAUGAAAUGAAUUUUUUUUUAUACCCUCUUCUUUAAAUAUAUAUGUAUAUUAUUAUUAUUUUUAUUUUUUUUUUAAUAGGGAGG